CACAACACCAGAUAUAUUCUCAUGUUUCAUAUAUCAUUUAGUACUCUUUUGUCUAGCUAAGGAAAAAAUGAUUCUCGGAGACGUGCUCAAUGAGCUUACUGGGAAGAAGAAAUCCCAAACGAUUAAAGGCACUGUUGUUUUAAUGAAGAAAAAUGUUUUGGACUUCAACGCCGUCGGUUCAUCUGCAGUUGAUAAUGUUCUUGAGUUGGUAGGCCAACAGGUCACUCUGCAGCUCGUCAGUGCGCAGAAUGCUGACCCUGCAAAUGAAAAUGGAGGAAAGCUUGGGAAGCUAGCAGCUUUGGAGAGCUGGAACCUUACAUUUACUCCUCCAAUAGCUGGUGAAACCCAAUUUAAGGUUUCCUUUGAGUGGGAUGAGCAGUUUGGAGCUCCUGGAGCUAUCAUCAUACGAAAUAAUCAUGCUGCUGAAUUCUACCUAAAGACUAUUACUCUUGAAGACGUUCCAGGCCAAGGUCGAACCCACUUUGUCUGUAACUCUUGGAUUUACCCUGAUAGACAAUAUAAAAAACCUAGAGUUUUCUUCGCGAACAAAACAUACCUUCCGCAUGAAACGCCAGCACCGUUGCGUAAGUACAGAGAAGAAGAGCUAAAAGUCUUGAGAGGAGACGGGAAAGGACAACUGAAAUCAGGGGAUCGUGUAUAUGACUAUGCUGUCUACAAUGAUUUGGGGAAUCCUGAUCUCAGCUCAAAACUCGUUCGCCCUAUACUGGGAGGGUCUGCUGAGUAUCCUUAUCCUCGAAGAGGAAGAACAGGUCGACCACCAUCAAGAUCAGAUCCCAACACUGAGAGCAGGGUGUAUAUACCGGGUCUUUUUAGCACUUACGUCCCUAGAGAUGAGCAAUUUGGUCACCUGAAGUUGACAGACUUUAUUGCUUAUAAUCUGAAAGCCCUGGUUACCAACGUCAUCCCUGCAUUUGAAGCGUUUGUUAACUUUACGCCAAAUGAGUUCGACUCCUUUAAGGAAGUAGAUAACCUCUACUUCAAUGGAAUUCAACUUCCUACUGAAGCUCUCAAUAAACUUACAAGUAACAUCCCCUUGCCAAUGAUCAAGGAAAUGUUUCGGAUGGAUGGACAGCAACUUCUAAAAUUUCCAGUGCCUCAAUCGAUUGAAGAUAGGAAUAAGCCUACUGCAUGGAGGACAGAUGAAGAAUUUGCUAGAGAAAUGCUUGCUGGAGUGAACCCUCUUCUCAUUCAACUUCUCAAAGAAUUCCCUCCAACUAGCAAGCUAGAUCCUCAACUGUAUGGUAACCAAAACAGCUUUAUAACCAAAAAAGACAUAGAGUAUAACUUAGACGGGCUCAGUGUAGAAGAGGCAUUGAGGAGCAAUAAGUUAUUUAUAUUGGAUCAUCAUGAUACAGUGAUACCCUACCUCAGGGGGAUAAACAAUACCUCAGCAAAGACUUAUGCAUCAAGGACACUACUACUCUUGAGAGGCGACAACACGUUAAAGCCAGUGGCAAUUGAAUUGAGCUUGCCGCAUCCAACAGGGGAUAAAUUUGGUGUUGUUAGCAAGGUGUAUACUCCUGUGGCACAUGGUGUUGAGGGUUCUAUUUGGCAAUUUGCUAAAGCUUUUGUAGCUAUCAACGAUUGUACUCAUCAUCAGUUGAUAAGCCAUUGGUUGAACACUCAUGCAGUUUUAGAGCCAUUCGUGAUUGCAACAAACAGGCAGCUGAGUGUGGUUCAUCCAAUUUAUAAGCUUCUCCACCCUCACUUUCGUGACACCAUGACUAUUAAUGCAUUGGCCAGGGAACUUCUUGUGAAUGCAGGUGGAGUAAUAGAGACGACAUUUUGCCCGGGAAAAUAUUCCAUGGAGAUGUCAUCAGAAAUAUAUAAGAGUUGGAAUUUCUUGGAACAAGCACUCCCCAAUGAUCUCAAGAAAAGAGGAAUUGCAGUUGAUGAUGCAAAUUCCCUACAUGGUCUUCGACUACUGAUAGAAGACUAUCCAUAUGCUGUUGAUGGGUUGAAAAUCUGGUUUGCCAUUGAAAAAUGGGUGAGAGACUAUUGCUCCUUCUACUAUAAGACGGAUGAAAUGGUUCAACAGGACCCUGAGGUUCAAGCCUGGUGGAAGGAACUCCGAGAGGUGGGUCAUGGUGACAAGAAAGAUGAGCCAUGGUGGCCUAAAAUGCAAACUCGUGAAGAGCUGAUAGAAUCUUGCACCAUUAUCAUAUGGAUUGCUUCUGCUCUCCAUGCAGCUGUCAACUUCGGACAAUUCGCCUAUGCAGGCUACUCCCCAAACCGUCCAACACUAAGCCGCAGGCUCAUGCCUGAGAAAGGCACUCCUGAAUAUGCUGAACUUGAGAAAAACCCCGAGAAGGUUUUCUUCAGAACAAUUACUUCGCAGCUACAAACCUUCAUUGGCAUGUCUGUGGUAGAAGUUCUGUCAAAGCACGCAUCAGAUGAGGUGUAUCUUGGUCAACGAGCCUCCCCUAACUGGACGGCAGAUGCAAUACCAUUGGCAGCUUUUGAGGCUUUCCAUAAGAGACUUGCUGAAAUUGAAGAAGAAAUCAUAAGGAUGAACAAGGACAAGAAAUUGAAGAAUCGUGUUGGUCCUGUCAAUGUGCCAUACACUUUGCUCUACCCAACUGGUGAAGUUGGAAUCUGUGGCAAGGGAAUUCCUAAUAGCAUCUCGAUCUAA